CAUAAACAUCUACAUAUGGCCAUGCUGAAAGCUGACAGGAUGUCCUAUUUUCCUCCUCUAGGCACAAGAAUUAUUUAUGACCGGAAGUUUUUGAUGGAAUGUCGUAAUUCCCCAGUUGCCAAAACCUCACCUUGUGACCUUCCAGACAUUCCAGGUGUCACCAGUCCAAAUGUGGAGGAGCUGAAGAUUGAAAACAACCAUAUCCACAACUAUGAGGAGAAGGUGGGCAUAGGUGAGGAAGCUCAGUUUGAUAUGGACAUCUAAAGUACGUGCCCUGAGCGUGUUUGUCCGGUGGAGGAUGGGCCCUCCACAUGAGGGCUCCUGCCAGCUUGGCUUCUAGAAUAGCCGUGCUUUGCUGAGUGACUCGCUCUUUCCUACCAAGGGCAGUCUGUUCGCUUUGACCGAGAGCCGACACGUCCUGUUAGGUGAGGACAGAAUGUAUCAAUUGAUUCACAUGGGUGUCAGUCCAUGUAUGUGGCCCCUGCAGGAAAUGGGCAGCGGAGCGAGAGAGGAAUGCUCUUGAUGUUUUGUUUCAAGUUUCUUUGCCUCUGUUAAUUGGCAAUAUCAAUACUGUACAGGGGACUGAACUGUAAUAGCGGGAGAAAUAAAAUCAUUUGGGGUCUCCAGGUUUGGGGAUGAAAGCAGCAA